AUGCCUUGUCAAGGACCAAGUGAGCACGUACAGCACAUUGCUAUAGCAAAGCUGGUGAAACAUUUUGGUUGGACCUGGGUGAUCAUUUUGGCAUCUAGUGAUGAUGGUGGACAGAGAAAGAGUCAAAACCUCAAAAACGAGAUCACUAAACUCGGUGCUUGCGUUGACCUCAUUGGCACUUUAAUGGAAGAUGAAAACACAGCUGUACGAACAUUACAGAAAAUACAAAACUCUACUGCAGAGGUUGUAAUCUUUUAUAUGGACAAUUGUCUAAAAUGCGGGGACUAUGAAUGGCCAAACCCAAAUAAAACUGUGUGUAUUGAGAAGCCAAUUGAAUUCCUAUCAUAUAGUGAUGAUUCUCUAACUCUGACCUUUAUUGUCCACUCUCUGGUGUUUUUUAUAAUAGCAGCAGUUAUACUGGGAAUCUUUAUUAAGUUUCGAGACACUCCAGUAGUGAAAGCCAAUAAUCACAUUUUGAGCUUCAUUCUCCUUGUCUCUAUCAAGCUCAGCUAUCUCUCUGUGUUUUUGUUUCUUGGCCAACCUAUUGAUGUAACCUGUAUUUUCUGGCAAACCUCCUUUGGAAUCACCUUUUCCAUGGCUAUGUCAUCUGUACUAGCUAAGACUACCAUGGUUUACUUUGCUUUUAAAGCCACCAAGCCUGGCAGUCCAUGGAGAAAAUGGGUUGGAGCAAAGGUGGCUUAUUGUAUUGUUUUUGUUUGUUCAAUUAUCCAAAUACUAAUUAGUGUUAUCUGGUUGGCCACUUCUCCCCCAUUUGUAGAGCUUAACUUACUUUCAGAACCUGGAAAAAUCAUCAUUCAGUGCAAUGAGGGCUCAGUAGUUGCCUUCUAUAUUGUCCUCUCCUACAUGGGAUUGUUGGCAUCUGUGAGUUUCAUUGUAGCUUUCUUGGCUCGGACAUUACCGGACAGUUUUAAUGAGGCCAAGUACAUCACUUUCAGCAUGUUGCUCUUCUGCAGUGUUUGGAUCACAAUGAUCCCGGCCUAUCUGAGCACCAAAGGCAAAUACAUGGUGGCAGUGGAAAUAUUUGCCAUAAUCUCUUCAAGCUGUGGCCUUCUCUUCUGUAUAUUUCUACCCAAAUGUUACAUUAUUUUAUUAAAGCCUGAGAUGAACACUAAGAAAUAUUUACUAGGGAAUAAGAAAUAG